ACAAUUUUAGAGUUAAUGAUACACUGGAUUUGCAUCAAUCGCUCAGCAAGUCCAGAUAAAAAGCAAGCUGGAAGGCUGGCAGCACACAUUUGGGGUAUCAAAACUCCAGUAGGACAAUUUACCAGAGAUUGGUGUACAGACAUGAGACAUUGUGAAAACAUGAAGACUGUGAUUGUUGCUCUUCUGGUAUCGUUGGUUGUCAGCCAGGGUGAAGCCUUGAAGUGUUACUGUGGAGGCCUGAAGCAUUGUUUAAACCCUGCGGAGACCUGCCACGGUUUAAAUGAUGUCUGUGCCAAAGUCACCUUUUCUGCUGGAUUCACUGGCAGCUACUUCCAGGGUUGCGUCAAAGCAAUUGAGUGCAUGAUAGAGAAUCGUCGAGGUGUAUCUGCCACUUGCUGCAGUAGGAAUCUGUGCAACGGAUAAAUGAACAUCAUGCAACACAUCUUCCAGUGACUGAAUAAUCUACACUCAUGUGUUGUGUACUUUAGCAUUGCCAUAAAGAUCAAUCAGUUGCAA